UCUGAAUUUGUUAUUCCCUAUUUUCCCUUUUCCCUACCCCUUUUUGCGUUGAGGUGUGUUGUGGUGAAGCGGCUGCGGCAGUUGGGAGAAGAAUGAACCGAAUCACAGUUCCAAUGGAUGAGCCUAAGCCUUCUUACCUUACUCGGUCUCAACUUCUGAAACGGCGAUUCCAGAAUCUGAAGCGUCUCUCAAAGUGUUACAGGGACCUCUAUUGGCACCUGAUGGAAGACGUGAAGACCCUCUACAGACACUACCUUUAUCACUAUGCUCUCAACCCUUUUAGCCAUUUCCACCUUCCCACAUGUGCUUUCCUCGGUUGCAACCUCAACCCCAUGCCUUUCACUUCCUUUUGCCACUUUCACAUUCUCUCCGAUUCCAACCAGAACCUCUAUAAGCCCUGCAAUUAUCUUAUCAAAGGUGCAGAAGCUGAACCCAUAACUUGUGGCAAACCCAUUCUGAGAUCCAUUGUUCCAGCUCUUUGCACUGUCCACUCUCACAAGGCUCAGAAGCACCUUGCCAGGACUUUGAAGAGGAACAGUAGCAACAUCGGUCCUAAAUUUCAUGCCUUGGUGUCAGAAUACGUAAAACACAUUCAAGCGAGAAGAAGAAAGGAUCAACGGGAAAACAAAAGUAAAACUGUGUUCAAAGACAAAAUGAUGGCUGGGUAGGUAUUUUAAUGCAGCUGCGAGGCCCCAGAUUCCAGAAGCUUCUGUGUUUUCUUGCGGAUUAUUCAACGUAUUAUGUGAGAUUUGACAUUUUAUUUAUUUAAAAGUUAUUUUGCAGGAAAAAAAAAUGUUUCUUUUCUUCCUUGGAAUUCAAAUUUCUUAUAACCAACUGUCAAAAUGAUUGCAAUCGUCCACAGUGCCAUGCAUUAAAACAAUGUCAAAGUCAAUAAUCCGAAGAUAAAACCAGCAAAUGAAACAGUUGUUCUUGUUCAUGUCUUUUCUUCUUUUCACAGGUGCACCAAGAGCCCCGGAAUCUGCAUAAUUUAGAAAAAGUAAAGCAUAUUCAGUUCAGUUUAAUAAGAAAAAAAGAGUGGUUAUUGUGUACGCCUCCAGGACCAAACGUUUUGUAGAAUAUGUGGUAUGCAUUAUACAUUAGAGAACAUCACAGCCUUUGCAAUUUGCAUUGUGUCUGAUUCCAGACAAGGAGGAUGAAACCCUCUUGAAUCUGUCUGAUUGGGGAUCAACAUGUGGGUCUGUGUAAAAUUCAGUAAGUGAAGACAAUUUGUAAGUUUGUUCAUGCCUCAGAAUUAAAUGAAACUCGCACGAAAAUGAA